AUGGACAUGGGAGCAGGUGCUCUCAGCAAGGAGCCGUGGUGGACCCUACCCGAAAACUUUCGUGAUCCAAUGGUGUUCCACAUGGAAGAGGACCAGGAGGAGCUCAUCUUCGGUGAGUGGCCUUUGCCGACGUCCCCUCCUUCAUCUUUCCUCUUCUCACCUCUUGUGCUUCCAGGACUUGGUGACACAUACCUUCGCUGCAUUGAGCUGCACAGCCACACCCUUAUUCAGCUGGAGAGCUGUUUUACAGCUACAGGCCAGACUCGUGUGACCGUAGUCGGACCACCAAUGGCAAAGCAGUGGCUGCUGCUCAUGUUCCGCUGCGUGGGGAGCCACUACUCCAAGUGUCACGCUCGAGGUCUGAAGAUGCUCGAGCAUGUCCGAAGCCAGCCCCUGACCAACGACGACCUGGUCGCCUCCAUUAGCCUGCCACCCUACACCGGAGACUGAUCUCCCCUGGGAAGCGGGGAUGAGAGGAGAAGUCUUGGCUUCACUUUUGCUGAGAAAGACAUGAAAAACAAUGAAGAAAGUUUGAAUCUGUGGCCAGACCUGCCCCUCUCAGGCCUUCUAGGCAUGUGUCUGAGGCCAAUCUCCUGAACGCAAGAAGUGUGAUUGGUAAAGCAAUCCAAUAAAAUAAGCUACCUACGAUGCAAA